AUGGCGAGAAUCAAAAGGAAAGGAACAUCAGGGAAUGCCAAAAACUUCAUUACCCGUACUCAAGCAAUCAAGAGAUUGCAAAUUUCAUUAGCCGACUUCCGUCGACUUUGUAUCUUUAAAGGUAUAUAUCCAAGAGAACCUCGCAACAAAAAGAAAGCCAACAAGGGCUCCACUGCCCCAGUUACAUUUUACUAUACCAAGGACAUACAGUAUCUUUUACAUGAACCAGUAUUGGACAAAUUCAGACAACACAAGACAUUUGCUAAAAAAUUACAACGAGCAUUGGGUAAAGGUGAAAUCUCUAGUGCUUCUAAAUUGGAACAACAUCGUCCUAGAUAUAAAUUAAACCACAUCAUUAAGGAAAGAUACCCCACUUUUCUUGAUGCAUUGAGAGAUUUGGAUGAUCCUUUGAAUAUGUUGUUUUUGUUUAGUAAUAUGCCAGCAACUGAUCGUGUUUCCACCAAAGUUGUCGGUGAUGCUGAAAAAUUGUGUAAUCAAUGGUUGGCCUAUAUUGCCAAAGAAAGAUUAUUGAAAAAAGUAUUUGUUAGUAUAAAGGGUGUUUAUUAUCAAGCUACGGUAAAGGGUCAAGAAAUUAGAUGGUUGAUUCCAUACAAGUUCCCAACAAAUAUCCCAACUGAUGUUGAUUUUAGAAUCAUGUUGACAUUUUUGGAAUUUUAUUCAACAUUGUUGAAUUUUGUCAUGUACAAGUUGUAUAAUGAAAGCGGAUUGAUUUACCCCCCUCAUAUUGAUAUGACGAAAUUGAAGGGAGUUGGUGGAUUGACGAGUUAUGUGUUGCAAUCUAAAGAUGGCAAAAAAAAUACCAAUAAUAGUGUCUUGUUGAAGCAACAAACCACCGAGGAAAAUAACGAAGUUGGUAAAGAAUUGUCACAGUCUGAGAUUGACAGGGCACUCAAAGCAGAUCAAAAAACUAGUAAUGAGGGAGCACAAGAUGGUGCUGUUGAUGUCGAUGACGCUGCUGCCGGUGAAGAAGAAGAAGAAGAAGAAGCUAAUGUUGAAGAAGUUGAAUUGGAUAAUUUUCAAGACAAUUCAACUACCAAAUCAGCCGACACUUUGAUCCAACCAUCUAAAUUCUCAUCCCCAACUUCACAAUUAUUUUCCAAAUUCAUUUUUUACAUUGGUAGAGAAGUUCCCUUGGACAUUUUAGAAUUUGUUAUAUUAUCAUGUGGUGGAACAGUAAUAUCAGAAAUCAGUCUUGAUGAUUUGAAAAUCAAUGACCCCAAGGCAUAUAAUCAAUUAAAUUUGGAUUCAAUAACUCAUCAAAUUGUUGAUCGAAACAAGGUGUUGUCGAAAGUUCCCGGUAGGACAUAUAUUCAACCACAAUGGGUAUUUGAUUGUGUUAAUAAACAAGAGUUGAUUAGUGUUGGACCUUAUGCACCUGGUGAAACUUUACCUCCUCAUUUGUCGCCAUGGGGAGAUGCUGGUGGAUACGAUCCACAUGCCGAAACUGAAGCCAAGGCACAAAAGAGUGGUGAAGGCGGAGAAGAAGAAAAUGAACAAGACGACGACGACGAGGAAGAAGAGGAAGAGGAAAUUGAAGUUGAAUCUGGUGAUGAAGAUCAAGAUGAAAACGACGACGAAGAAGAGGAAGAAGAAGAGGAUGAAGAAGAAGAUGAAGAUCUCAAAGCACAAAAGGAACUAGAAAUGGAAGUAGCUGGUGAAAAGUAUUCUGAUUUGAAACAACAACAACAAGAGGAACCAAAAUCCAAGAAACAAAAGACUAAACCAUCGACAUCCUCUACUGAAGAUGAAGAAGCUAAAGAAUUGGCCAAGAUUAUGAUGACCAAUAAGCAAAAGAAGUUGUACAAGAAGAUGCAAUAUGGUAUUGAAAAGAAGGAAACCAGGAAUAAAGAAUUGACAAAAAAGAGAAAACAAUUGGACAAGAAAAAGAAACAGUUGCAGAAUAUACAGUAG